AUGGAUUGGCUUUUUCAAAUCCCCGGUAUUUAUCAUUUUCUUCAUGCCCUUCGAGAUGAAAAGAAUUUUAACAAUUUCUUAUGCAUCCACCUCUUAAAUUCUGCUGUUUUAAUCUUUUUACCACUUCACAAUUGGUUCCCAUUCGGACAAUUAUACUUCAAUAUGAGAAGAGCUCUCCAUACUGAAGAUCCCGGUGCUCCUGAAGCAGAACAAAAGCAAGAAACUCAUAUGAAAUCAAAGAGCAAACUUGCUGAAAAAGCAAAAAGCAAGCAACAAGUCAGAAAAGUCAAAGGCAUGUCCAAACUACGUUUCAAGACAUUUCCGGCUAAAUUAGGCGUCUUUUUGUCCCACGUUCCUUGUCCACUUGUGUUUACGUACGUACAAUUCUUCUAUCCAAGUGGAGACAUCCUAUCCAUACCUUCUCUCGCUUUCCUUGCAAUGACAUGCUACCGCGCCUUCAUUUAUCCAUUUUUCCGUAACAAAUAUGCAACCGAAAUUCCAAGAGUCACAGUUGGCUUUUACUCAGCCAUUAGCUUCCAUAUUGGUCUUUGUGCAUCAAGAAUCCUCGCUGUUGUUCCAAAUGUUAACCUUCACGAUUCCAGAUACAUUAUUCAACAAUAUGUUAUUUUGGCAUUAUUUGCAAUGAGUUUUAUUUACCUUAUCAUGCAUGAUUGGCAUAUCUGCAGAUCAAGAACCGAGAGAAGCUAUGAUAUUUCGAUGUAUGCUACAAAUAAGUGGGGAUGGGAACGUGUUACAUGCCCACAGUACUGCUGGACAUUUGUAACCUACUUGAUUUGGAUAUUCCUCCUUCCUGAUCGAGUUCAAGCAUUAUCAUUCAUGGUUUACAUUUAUGUUCUUACAGCUGGCCGCGCUGAUAUUGUCCAUGGCAUCCUCUGCCAGAGUAUUCCUGGCUACGCAUUUUCCGGUCGCAAGCCUUGCUUCUUCUUCCUCAAUCACUCAAAGGCUUUCUUGAGAUUAUAUUAA